CCUGUGUCGAUAAAGAAACAAAAUGUUUGUUCCUUGAAAAAUGUGCAAGAACUGGACACGAAAACUGGACAAAAAUGUAAGGGUUGUAGAAAACUUUUAAAACAAUACAGAAAAAUCCAGCUCUUCCAUCGCCAGGGAUCGUUUAAAUGCACGAUUUUGAGCUGCGGUCCACUACUUAUGUGGUCAGGCAGUACUUUCAUGUGUUUUGUGGGAGUGGCUUCGAACGGAGGGUAGGAUAUUACGGUUUUUAAAGCUAAAAUAGCUAGAGCUAGCUAACAAAAAAUAACUAGUCACACAAAAAUGGCAGAGAAUGUGCAGCCAAAAUGUCCAGUUCCACCGAUACUUUCAACCACUUACACUGCUCAACAAAGCAAGAAAAGAAAGACAGGCACGGAAAGGGUUACGAACACUAAGAGGUUGAAUAAUGAGAGAAGUAAUACCAGAGUUAACAUAGGUAUAGCUUUUCAACGCUGGCGAGAACUGAGGGAGUUGGAGGGCCUGAAAAGUGACGCCAUGGUAGCUGUAUUUCUCUUGGACAGGUACUCUGCCUCCCGUCAGAGUAAGAGGGUUCUUUCUCCACAACAUGAUCACGACACAGAGGGGAAACUCUGCAAUGAGACUAGUCUGCUAUCAGAGGGAGUCCUGGACAGUGAGAAGGACAUGUAUCCACCUGCAGAGCUGGAAAUCCCUGUUGGAUUAGACUCCUCAGAGGAGUCACAAGGCAGCAGAGAGGAUGGUGAUGAAGAGGAGGAAGAAGAGGAAACUGCAGUGGAGAACAGAAAUGAGAUAGAGGAGGAAGAGGAGACAGGAACUGAGAACGAUGAGUCUGACGAGGAGGAGGAGGAUUGUGACAUGGAUGAAAAUGAUGAUGAGUGGGAAAUGGAUGAGGAGGGAGACACUGAGUCAGAGUCUGAAGUCAAUGUAGUCAAAAAGGUUAGGAAGAGAGUGAGAGAUGACGACAACCCUGACCAACCCGUAAGAAAAAAUGUCAUCAGACUGAAAAGGCCGGAGACGCUCUGUACAAACUGUGGGAUUCUCUACACAACUAUAAAGCACACAUGCCUUCCCAACGAGAAGUUCCGCUGCUCUAGUUGUGGAUGUGUAUUUAAAAGUGAAAUGAAUCUCUGCAUCCACAGAAAAAACUGUAAGCGUUCCAUUCAUCCAUGCAUCUUCUGCUUGAAGCCUUUCAAAACACGGGAGGAAAAACAAAACCACGAGACCAGCCACUCAGAAGUACAGCCCUAUCAGUGUACGCAAUGCCCACAGACAUUUUCUGACCGGCUGACAAGAAAUCGUCAUCUUAGAGAGCACCCGAAGAGGGUGAGGUGUGAAACCUGCCACAAGGAGUUCCGUGCACACCAUAGGCUGGCGAGACAUGAGCUGUCUCACAAUAAGGACAAGCCCUUCAAGUGCCAGGUGUGUGAUCGUGUGUUCGCUCAGGCCUCCCAGCUGAAGUCUCACACGCGCGUCCACACCGGGGAACAGCCCUUCCAGUGUUGGCUCUGCCCAAAGACCUUCAACCAUAACGUCAGUCUGAAGAACCACAUCAGUCGCUACCACCAGGAGGAGAGUCGUGAUGAUCCCAGGGCUGCCCUGAAGGAACGGAGGGAGAGCAACAAGUACCACAGCCUGGACAAUCAACUAGAGGACAGGACUGAACAGGAGAAGGAUGGAGGACUGGACAUGAAGGUGAGCAGGUCUCUAAACCCCAAAGAACAGGGAGGCAGUGAUGGGGAGGGAGGGGAGACAGGUGAAGGACACAAACAGAAGAGGACACGGCAGAAACGUCUGCCCACUCGUCAUGAAGAGCUUGAAGAGGAUUCAGAGGAGAUGGAGAAUGACGACUCUGACUCUGAUUUUGAUCCAGAUGAGGAGUGUUCCUAGUAAAUGAACUAGGAAAGGACGGGGUAGACGGAAACUAAGGUAGAUGCCCAGUCGAUGUGCAGACAGGUUUGUUUGCUUGUAAAAAAGCAACAACAAAGUUAUGUGAUGAACAUUUGGAUAUCUAUUUGGACAAUAGACAUGACGGUUUAUCAUUAAUUAGUUUAAGGUUUUAUUUGUGUAGCUUAUCACUGCAUUCCAGGCAAUGGUAUUGAAAACACAUUUAAGGAGUUAUGACCAUGGGGCAGCGGAUGCAGUCUUGGCUGGUUUAUAUUGUACACAUGCAUACUGUCAUGUGUCCUGGUGUAACACAACAUGUGUGACCCAUCAUAUCUGUGACCUUAGAUAGCACCGUUGUCACGGUGCAGCUGAAAGUCGACUAAAACAACAAUAAAGUAAGAAAAUGAAGGCAAAAGCUGUACGAAACGUUUAUUAAAUUUUUUAUGCUGUUUUUUCACAACCUAAAUCUCAUUUGCUUUGACACAUUAUUUUAAAUGCAGUGUAAAGUUAGCCAGGGGUUGCACAUAAUGACGGUGGAAACAGGUGCUUGUAGCCAACAGGCAAACUCGAUUAAAAGCACAAGCUUUUGAACCUGUAAAUUGUUAGGAAAAGCUAGGAUUUAUUUCACAUCGUUAGUGAAAUUCUUUCAAAUUAUUCAAAGAAGUUAUGUUUUGUGUCCUUGUACUGUAAUUGAAA